GUAUAUCCUCUGUUUUUCUCCGAACUCAUGCGUUGUAGAAUACUCUUUUCCCUGUUUCGUCUGGACAUUGCAGACGUGGAAUUUGGGUUUGAGAGUAUUCGAAAUUUUAGAACCGAAACCGAUUGUUGGAGACGAAAUCAGUUUGAGCGACUUAGGCUGCAUCUCCAUGCAAAAAUAAAGAGAAGAAUUCAAAUAUGGCUUAUGAAUAAUUGCUUUGUUAUUAUUUUUCACUUUAAACAGAAGAGAGAUCGUUCGGAGAUAUUGAAGAUUAUUUCUCCUACGUUCAAUUUAACUGUUGCAACAGAUUUGCACUUGAUACGAAUAGGCAGCUUAUAAUUAAAUUCUAGGGAUACUUGAAAAUGGGUUUAAAAUUGUUUCUCUUACCCUCCUUGGUACACUUAGCAAUAGUAAAAAUAUCCGUAGCUCUUUAUUAUAAUUCUCGAAUCAGUGCUUUGAUAGAUGAAUUGGAAAUAGUGGACGAGGCCCCCAGAAUGAGCGCGAACCGCAGAAUACGACAAAAGUGGGCACAAAUAGAGAAAAAAGUUGAGAAGGAAAUGCACCAAUAUCUGCCCACUUCACUGGCAAGGAAAGUAGCCAGAUCUCUACGAGCCAUACAUUCAGAAGUAAAGGAUUGGAUAGAAGACCACGAAGUAUUUUUAAGGUCAGUUAAUGAAGAUUACAAGAGCAUUCUUAUUUGGAAAUCGGAAGGAACAAUUGACAGGCCAAGAACAGCUGAGGAAUGGGUUCGAGGUGGAACUAUGGAUAUUCAUAAAUGCUUCUUAUUGGCAUGUACCUAUUUUUUGGAAUCUGAUAUUUUGAACUUAUGGGCGAAAAUGAAAGUUCAUGAUAAAAGAAAAUUGUUCACAGAAAACGCCAACCUCGCAGUACGUUUUUGGACUGAUUGGAUCAGAGAAGGCGCUAUUCCUUCUACUUGGUUUCAAAUUGCCAAUGAAAGUCUCGACACUGAAAAUAUUUGGCCAAAUGACUAUCGUAUUCGAGUGAGUGCCUUUUUCGAUAGGAUAGACUGGUUAGUCAGUUCAGAUUAUUUUGAAAAUUGUCAUGUGGUAGAUAAAAUCCAUCGUGAUGAUCUGCGGUCCUGCAUUAAUCGUAUAGAAUGGCGAAAACAAAUAAGUGCGAUUCAUUUUGAGAGGAAAGUUUAUUCCACCUAUCUUGACUGGCCAUUGCAAAACGUCUUCCCAAAACUUAUUGAUGAAAUAAGAUACAUUCCAUAUGUACUAAAUGAGCAUACUGUUAGAUGGAUAAUAACUUAUAUCCUUAAGAAGAUUCAAGCAGGUUGGAAAGAUGCUGAUUAUUUCAAAAUCCUUAGAGAAUUCUGGGAUUGUGUACGUUUUUCUGUGAAAGAAGUGAUAAAAGAAGCAAAAAUAUACAAGCCAUUAAUGAUUGCAUUGAAUUACACAAAGCCUCAGCUAUAUCCCAUUGAGAAAAUAUUGGAUAGAUAUUUAGUUCCAUAACUCUUGGAGAAUUAACUGGACCUUUUAUUUUGUGUCCAAACUUAUGUAUUUUAUUUUUACUAUUAAUUUCUUCUAAUGUUGUUUGUAAUUUUUUAAAUUGAAAUUAAUUAUAAAUAUUUGUCUACAUUAACAUUAUUAUGUAUGUGUUCUUAUAUACUGAUAGGUUUCACGAGAUUUCUCCAGCCAUGCAAUUCUUUCUAAAGUUCUUAGUUUAAUAG